GAGAGAGAGAGAGAUCAGGGAGCUGUCCGGGUCUGGUAGUGCUGUUUGCUUGUCGGUGUUCUUCCUCCUCAGAGUGCUGUGUGUGUUUUCUGAGUGUGUGUGUGUGAGUAUGUGUGUGUGUAUGCGUGUGUGAGUGUGUGAGGGUGUUUUUAUGGACGCCAUGGACGAUGAGUUGAAAUGUCCAGUAUGCGGGUCCUUCUUCAAGGAGCCGAUUAUCUUGCCGUGCUCGCACAACGUGUGCUUGGCGUGCGCGCGGAACAUCACCGUGCAGACCCCGGAGGGUGAGCCUCCUCCUCCGCCGAGCCGCGCGUCGGCCGGCUCGGACUACGACUACACGGACGCGGACAAAAUGAGCGAGACGGACAGCGGCUACGGCUCGUACACGCCGUGCGCCAAGUCGCCGAACGGCGUGCGCGUGUUCCCGCCGCCGGCCCUGGCGCCCCCGGCCCACCGCCACCGCUCCGUGACGUGCCCGCUGUGCCACCGCAGCGCCUCGCUGGACGAGCGGGGCCUCCGCGGCUUCCCGCGCAACCGCCUGCUCGAGUCCGUGGUGGCCCGGUGCCGCGCGACCCCCGCCAAGUGCCAGCUGUGCGACCGCAACCCGGCCGACGCCACGGUCAUGUGCGAGCAGUGCGACGUGCUGUACUGCGCGCCGUGCCAGCAGCGGUGCCACCCCGCCCGCGGACCCCUGGCCAAGCACCGGCUCGUCUCGCCCGCCACCGGGGCCACCGCGCGCUCUGCCGGCGCCGGGGCUGGAGCGCAGUCAUCCUCCUCCGCCGCCGCCGCCGCCGUGUGCGCCGAGCACGACGCGCAGAGCUACAGCGCCUACUGCGUCACCUGCAAGAUCCCCGUGUGUUACCUGUGUAUGGAGGACAGCAAGCACGGGAAACACGACGUGAAACCCAUAGCGGCCAUGUGGAAGCAGCACAAGUGCCAGUUGUCUCAGGCGUUGAAUGGCGUGUCCGAUAAAGCAAAGGAUGCCAAGGAGUUCCUGGUGCAGCUGAAGAACCUGCUCCAACAGAUCCAGGAGAACGGCGUGGAGUUUGAAGCGUGUCUGGUGGCCCAGUGUGAUGCCCUGAUUGAAGCGCUCACACGGCAGAAAGCCAAGCUGCUCACCAAGGUCACAAAGGAGAAAGAGAGCAAGCUGAAGACGGUGAGAGACCAGAUCACACACUGCACUAUGAAGCUGAGACAGACCACAGGCAUGAUGGAGUUCUGCCUGGAGGUCAUCAAGGAGAACGACCCGAGUGGUUUCCUACUGAUCUCGGAUGCGUUGAUUAAACGUGUUCAGCUCUCUCAGGAUCAGUGGGUGAAAGGCGCUCUGGAGCCGAAGGUUUGCCCCGAGUUCAACCUGAGCCUCAGCACCGACCCUCUGCUGCAGGCAAUCCUACAGCUCGACCUUAUCCAGGGCCGGGAUUCUCACACUCAGGAGUCUCCGUUACUGAGACAAAAACAUGCAGGCGUCCAGAAAGAGACGCAAAGCGCAGGAGCAGAGAACCCUGGAGUCCCUCCUGCUCCUUUACUGGAGCUGGAGAAGUGUUGCCUGCGAAACAACAGCGCCACUCUGGCCUGGAGGAUAAUUACACCCCAGCCGCUGCCUAUGGAGGGCUACAUCCUGGAGCUGGACGAUGGAAACGGUGGACAAUAUCGGGAGGUGUACGUGGGGAAGGAGACGGUGUGCACGGUGGAUGGUCUCCACUUUAACAGCUCCUACAACGCUCGGGUCAAAGCCUACAACUCCAUCGGAGUCGGGGCUUACAGCAAGACCGUGGUCUUAAAGACAUCCGAUGUUGCCUGGUUCACCUUUGACCCUACCUCAGCGCACAGAGACAUCGUUCUCUCCAACGAAAACCAGACAGUAAGCUGCAACAGCUACGACGACCGCGUGGUGCUCGGAACGGCUGCUUUCUCCAAAGGGGUUCAUUACUGGGAGCUCAGCAUCGAUCGCUAUGAUAACCACCCGGACCCUGCGUUUGGUGUGGCGCGCAUUAACACGGCGAAGGAUGCUAUGCUGGGGAAAGAUGAUAAGGCCUGGGCCAUGUAUGUGGAUAACAACCGUUCGUGGUUCAUGCAUAACAACUCGCACACCAACAGGGCUGAGGGGGGGAUAACCAAAGGGUCGACUGUUGGUGUUCUGCUGGACCUAAUGAAACACACUCUCACAUUUUUCAUCAACAAAGAACAGCACGGCCCUGUGGCCUUCGAGAACAUGGAGGGGGUGUUUAUGCCUGCGGUCAGCCUCAACCGCAACGUACAGGUGACCCUAAUCACAGGCUUAGAAGUACCAAAGAACAUCAAAUAACAACCUCUGACCUGUGGGAAUGCGGUACGUCUGGGUUGUACCUCUGGGUUCUUUUUUCUUCACGAGGCAAGCCGCUGCUCGACGCCAUUUGAUUGGUGAUCAAAAAGGACUUUUUAAAAACUACAGUACAUCUCAAAUAUAUUUGUUUUUUUUCUGCAUUUUUAAUGGAAUCUCAGUGUGUACAAUCAGAAAUCAGUGUGUUUACAGUAAACUCAUCCCAGGCGGCGUUCCCUACAGGAGCAGUACGCUGUGAAGGAGAGUUAUGUCUGUUUAUCCAAACUUCAUCCAUCGUGUUCUUCAAAAUGUAAGCUUAACCUGGUUAUAAAUGUUUAGCUGAUGUAGAUGCUGAAGCAUUUAAUGGUGAAAUUCUGCUUGGUAGGCUUUCAUUGGGGUCAGAUUGACUAACCAGCAACAUGACCUACUUGCUAUAUACAGUGUGAUGUAUCAACUCAGCAUAGCCAGCAUUUUUGCCAAGUGGCAACUGUGAGUUACAGUUUUCAUGCUUUUGUCAACUUGACCAAAUUUCAACUCAAACUUGGAUAAGCAUAUUGAAUCUCUGGAAGCUGUGCAAAAUUGGCAAAUACCUAGUGGCCAAACAGAAAGGUGAGCUACUAAACAAUGCUGGGAUAUUUAUUUAGCCAGUAAAUUACUAAAGUGGUAUUUAUUUGAUGCACUAUUGAAUUACCUAGUCUUCUGUAUGUACAGAACAUUUGGAGUCUGUAGACCUCAAAUGGACUGAAAAUUUGUUUUAUGCUUUUCUUGCAUAAAAGAAAAUCACGAUGACUCAAAACUUAUGUUUUGACCAGAUUUUGAUAUAGAAAACCCCAUCAAGAUCAACAAUACUUGCCUGUUUCCAGUUGCUCUCACCUACAAAGGUUUUUUUUUUUUUGUUCCAUUAGGGGACCCCUUAAGGAUUCUAUAUAGGGCUUCAAAACAGAGCAUUUUAGUAAGCUAUAAGGUUCCACUUUGGUGGUAUACCAUUGAUUGUUCCAUAUUUAGGUUAAAGGUUACACAGAAAUCCAAAGCCUUCUUUCAUUUGUCCCACUAGAGAAACCUUUAAAGAUUCUACACAGAACCUCAAAACAGAUGUUUUUAAGCUACAACCCAUAACCAUUCAAAGAACCUGUGGGGAACCCAUUGUGGAUGAAGCAUGACCCAUUCAUCCUACUCUUCUGUCUAUUCUUCUGUAUUUACAGAACUAGCACCAAAAUUUGGGGUCUGUAGACCUGAAAAAGACUGAAAAUAUUGUCUAGGCGUUACUUGCCAUCAGGAUGACUUCUAAACAAACUCUUGACCAAACUUUCUUCAGAAAAAACUCCUGGUCAAGAUCAAUGAUACUUGCUGAUUCCCAGUUGCCAUCACUUGAAAGGCUACAUCUAGUACAUCUAGAACUCUCGUUUGUCCCAGUAGGGGAACCCUUAAAGAUUCUAUGGAGCUUCACAACAGAGGGUUUCCUUUUUAGCAAGCUACAACCCAUAACCAUCCAAAGAACCUGUGAGGAACCCUGUUUUCUAAGACUGUUCUGGAGAACACAUGGCCCUCAGGCUUUCUAGAAGGGCCGUCUUUGGUGGCACCACUGUCCCAUGUAUUCUUCUGCACUUACAGAACAUUUGUGUUCACUUUCUUGUGAGCCGGAUGACUCUUAAACCCCUGACCAAUUUUCAUUUUAAAAAACCCCCAACUCUUCCCAUAGACAACUAUGAUAUUUGCUUGAUUCCAGUUGCCAUUGCUUACAGUCUUAGAAAAAUAGGUUACUUCUAGCAACCUAAAGCAUUCUUUGGUUUAUUCCAAAUGGGGAACCUUUAAAGAUUCUGUGUAGAACUUUGCAAAAGAGAGUUUCCUUUUUAGUUACCCAUCCAAAAAACCUAUGAGUAUACAUAGAUGACACAUGACCCCUUCCUCCUUCGUAGGCUUUUUAGAAGGUUUUGAUUUGGGGGUAAAGUUUGGACAAACUGGUGGAACUACCCUUCAACAGUACUCUUAGAACGCCACAAGGUUAAAACACCUUACACAAAUCUCAGGUUUAAAUACUCCGCUGGGUGGUGCUCCGGACACAGAUUAAACUUUUACACUGCCAUAGUUACUGUACUAGGCUGAACCUGUGUCUGGAACGCAGGACCUUACAGGACCAUCUAUGGUCUGGUUCUCUCAAAACUCUCAAGAACUUCACACAUGUAAUAUCUUGGUACUUAUAUGUGCCAAAAGGAACAAACCGCAGAUGGAAACGAAUAUUCUGGAAGAGUGUAAAACUUGUGAAAAUAUAGGAAAACCAUUUGCUGCUUGUAAUUAGACACGUAUUUAGUCCUUCAGGAUCUGAGACUGAAGCCUUUCACACUGUGAUACAUAUGGAAAAACUGACUAACAUUCCAGAGUAAUUUCUUUAUUUCUCUCUAUUUCAAUUUAAUACUCUGCCCUUCUUUUUCUCCUCGUGUGAUUUCUAAGCUGUAUAGUUUAACAGUAUUGUGGGGAAGUUUGUUUUAUUUUGCAUGGUACACUGCGGUAAACGAUGGCGCCAAUACGGCCUGAGCAUGAGGUUUAUGAUCUUAUAUUAUACUUGUGUUGUAUAUAGUGUAAUGAAAUGCAAAGUGGAAGCGUCACGCUCUGGUGUGGCCUGAAAGCUACAAGGUGUGCUGUGAAUUUUUUUUCUGACCAACUGCUUAUGCCUUAAGCAACAACAGCACAGAAACGAGUCAUAGUCAGUAUCAUGCCAAAUUUUUGCAAUUAAAGUCUAAAUAAAUUGUGCAAUUAAAAAAAAACUAUUUACAUUUAUAAAAUGUUACAGCAAAAAAAUGGAAUUUUCAAAUACAUUUAAUUUUUGUAAUUAGUCAUAAGGUAUGUAGAAGUUAUAAAAAAAAAAACUACAACACUUCUUCAGGCACCUCAGCACAUUUGAGGUGUAAGUAAAUAGCGAGAGAUGGAAAUGGACCGUGUUUAACUCAUAGCCAGUUUCCGUCUCAGUGUGGAUCAAAUCUUCGGUGCCAAAGUUCUCAAAGUCCUCAUGGCAAAAAAGUAUUACAGAAGUACAAACGGACUUUAUCAUGAUGUGUCUGAUGACCGGCCCUUUAAUUACGGGCUGCUUGUGUAUCUAAAAAUCUCUGUUACAGCGUCACUUUGCUUUAACAGGCACUUUUAUAUGAUUAGAUCACAAAUUCACAGCUAAACAGCUUCUUGGAUAAACUUCUUUUCCUUUAAUGAGAUGGUUUUCUUACAAGAUGAAUUAUGAGGACUUCAUUCAUAAGAAAUAAAUAAAGAUGUGUGAGCCCUGACAUUUAUAUCAGCUAUUUGUAAAAAUGUUCUAAAUCCUCAUUUGCAACUCCAUAUAUUUGCAAUUCUGUUGAAAUACUACUUUAAAAAAUUGCUAUUUGACAGAUAUAAGCUGAUGUUCUGUUGAUCUGCCACCUUUCUAGAUGUUGCACAAUUGUAUUACACCUAGUGUUCAAAAGUGAGAACUGUAAUAAGCGUAAAUAGAGGCCCAGUGGGCCAGGAUUCACGCUGCCCCAUGCUCGGGGGAGGAGCAGCCGACAGGACGGUUAAUGCCAAGUUCAUUCUGCAGAUACAAAGAUCUUGUUUCAUAGCAAAUAAUCAGAAUGAAAUCUAAUAGAUUUCCACAAACAAAGGCAAAGUGUAAGUGCAAACAGUGUGUCUAUGAUGUACAGAACCAUUUCUAUUGUAAGAUAUACUACAAAGUUUGGGAGAUGAUAAUGUCCCUGUAUCAGAAAUGCGCGCGCACCACGGACACAUGCAAAGACUGUAACCUGCUGCUGUAUAUUUAAAUGAAGCGAAUUCAACAAUCCAUUAAUACGCAUUCAAUGGCUUGAUGUGGCUUGAUUUCUGAAAAGCUGUCUGGUCUUUAAAAAAAAAAAAAAAAAAAAAAAAUAUAUAUAUAUAUAUAUAUAUAUUUUCCUCCAAAACUGAUCAAAACACACCCCCUUCCUGUAACACGCCACAAACGAAGUUAAUCUCGACCGAACCGUGCUGAACCCCCGAGUGAAUUAAGAGCCUGUGUUUUAGAUGAUGUGCUGUGAUUCCUUUAUUUUGUUUGUUUUUCUACUCUUGGUUUCACUCCUUCUCCUGCCAAUGUGAACGUUUUGUACCUUCGUGUGGUCUGUAUAUCGCAUUACGACUGCAUUGUAAUUAUAGCGUGUAAUACAAAAGCGUUGUCUUUUCUCUCUCUUUUUCAUAAAUGAGUAAAACUGUGAUGACCGAA